GCUCUGGAUUUCAGAACAAACAACCACAACGACGAUAUGUCAUCAACCACCCACACAUCGACACCAUGCCAGCGGUGAAAACAACAUGGCUUCCACACACACAAACACAUUCCAAAUUCCAAAAAAAAUAUCAUAAAACAAGUGAAAACCUCAAAAAGAAUCAUGGAUGCAGAAAUAGUCUCGAAAAAAAUCAUGGACGCAAUAGAUGUAGAUUUCAAAAAGAGAAUAGAGAAUGCAAGAAACGGAACAUUUUGGAGUUUACAAGAUGGCGGACAAAAAUAAAAUGGCGGCUGAGCUCGAGGGUGCUGAUACCGCUGAUGAUUUUGAAUGUCACUGCACGGGCGGGAGCUGUUGAAUCUCUCACCAGCCGCAUGAUCUCUCUCCUCGGCUACCCCGCCUCAUGCAGCGUGGGCGGUGAAGCCCGACCAUGCACUUUAGCUCUGACGUGUUGGCUGCGAGGCGGCGCGCGCGCUCGCGGCUGCGGCGGCGGCUGGCUGUUGACCUGCUGCGUCAGGGAGAAAGAGAGGUGAGGAGAUCUGGCUCAUUCUAACUAUAGCACUAAUAACGUGAGUUCCAGCAUGACGUCAUCAGAGUGGCGCUACAAGGCGCCGCCGCGCCUGCGCGUGCCGCAGCGCAGUGUGGUCCCCAACAAUGUUUUCCGGAGGAGGGCAGACGACGAUAGCACUCAGUUGGACUGCGGUCUUCCAUCCACCCGUAUUCUGCAGAAGAGGAUCAUAGGUGGACGAGAGGCGAGGUUCGCCGAGUUUCCGUGGCAAGCGCAUGUCAGAAUCUCCGAAUUCCAGUGUGGAGGUGUUUUAGUGUCCCAUUGGUUCGUGGCGACAGCAGCUCACUGUGUGUCGCGCGCACAUCCGAGAGACAUCGCGGUGUGGCUCGGUGCCUUGGAUACCACUGCUGGAUCCAAUACUGCCAGGAAAGUCGGGGUCAUCCAAAAAAUCCUCCACCCGCUCUUCCAAUUCCGUAUGACGCAGCCAGAUCGCUACGACAUUGCUUUGCUCAAGCUCUCUCGACCAAUCGCCUAUGCCAGCCACAUACUACCCAUUUGUCUGCCAGAAGCUACCUUGGAACUGAGGGGGAAGAGUGGAGUGAUCGCUGGAUGGGGCAAGACGGACACAAGCAAUGGACAUACGGGGACAAAUCUGCUUAGAUCGGCUACUGUUCCUAUAUUGAGUACAGAGCAGUGCAUCAACUGGCAUCAACGAAAGCAGAUCACAGUCGAGAUCCAUUCUGAGAUGAUCUGCGCGGGACAUUCAGACGGACACCAGGACGCUUGCUUAGGUGACUCAGGCGGUCCCCUGAUAGUCCUGGACAGCGGGAGAUAUUAUCUGGCCGGCAUCACGUCAGCAGGGUUCGGCUGCGGGGUGGACCACCAGCCCGGGAUCUACCACAACGUGCAGUUCACUGCCAACUGGCUUAGGAGCAUCAUCAGCCCCAACACCAACACCAACUAUAUUGAUUUCUGAAGACUCUAAAGACACGAUUAACCAGAUCUUGACACAUGGU